AUGGCCCACAGAGAAUACACACUGGUGGUGAUGGGCGCGGGUGGCGUCGGCAAGAGCGCCGUUACUGUACAGUUCGCACAUGGAAAGUUCCUCACGCGCUACGACCCCACCAUCGAGGACUCCUACCGGAAACAGCUCGAGGUGGACGGCGUGGCGUGCACGCUGGACAUUAUGGACACGGCCGGUCAGGAGGAGUACACAGCGCUGGUCGACCAGUUCAUGAAGAACGGCCACGGUUUCGUGUUGGUCUACUCCAUCACCUCCCCGACCACCUUCAAGCUCAUCAACGACCUCCACACACGGAUUCAGCGGGUACAUGGGAUGGAGAUGCCGAUGGUGCUGAUCGCGAACAAGUGCGAUCUGGAGGACCAGCGGGAGGUGCCCAAGGAGAAGGGCGAGCAGUGGGCCAAGGACCGCCACUGCCCGUUCUUCGAGGUGUCGGCCAAGACCAACCACAACGUCAACGAGUGCUUCAUCGCCGUUGUCAAGGAGAUCAACAGCUGGCGAGAUGCCCACCCGGACAAGGCCGCCAAGGUGGAGCCCGCCAAGAAGAAGAAAUGCUCCCUCUUUUAG